ACCCAACAAGCCCUUUGGAGCCAACGCCUUGCCUCCUUUUCUCCCACCACCUCCUCUCUGCUAGCCUGCUGUGCCCUGUGCCCAGUGCCCAUGCUUCAUCAACCGCCCAAGCCGCCGCUCACCCGCCGUUUGCCGCAACGCCAGGCCAUGGCCAUGACCAUGACCAUGAGUGGGAAGAGGCGCACAUCAACUUUUGACAGCUCAAUGCAUGCUCCGUGCCCCCGUGGACCUUAGGCUGCCAGGCUGCUCCGUGUCCCGCGUGUCCAGUCCCGCCUUCUGCAGCCAGCAUUCCCCCGCCGCCGCCGAUGGGGCCUUCGUUCAUGCACUGCACUUGUCAUGAAUUGACAUUGAGGCAGCCGGCACCGAAGCCCGGCUGGGGAGUGGCACCCGGCCUCUCUUCCGCGCAUCAUGGGCCCCAUACCCAUCGGUACCUGAAUAUCGCCGACUCCCUGCCAGCUGUCCUUUUAGCGGACCCAUCAGGGUGGCAACUGUCCACCAAGAACGUUAUCCAAUAUAGCGCAACUGCCGCGUAUACUGGCACACUGGCAGACUGGCAGACUGGUACUGUGCACUCGCUGUCGAUUGUGCAUUGACGCCAGUCGCCGGUCGCCAGUCCAAGGAACCAGGGGAACCAGGGGACGGCACACCCAACAGAGCCAAAAGGUUGCGCGGCAGCAUUGAUGUGUUAGCCCGACAAGAGAUGCCCAUCGCAACCCACCACCAAGCUGUCCAUUGUCAGAUCCGCUGCAGGGGGGGCCUCUGUGUGUUUCGUUUCGACAUUUUGCAAGCUACUUCCUGGCUGCACACUCUUGUCAUGAGUUGUGUUUUCUCUCUCUACUAUGUACAACAGUCGGCCGGACCACUGCUCAGACACCCGCAGCCAAUACUGUCGUCAUGACAAGUCCUCUGCUCACACGGACCAAAUGACCCGGCUACGCGUCUCCAACACGACCCAGGCCUUUUCGUCCGUGUCUGCAAGAACUUCCCGAAUCGUUAAAAGCUGCACAGACCUUCCUGCUAACCGACUUGCUUGGCCAGCCUUUUAGGCCUGUCUGCUCGCUCGCCUGGCUUACGGGUGGCUUCGCUAGACAUCUGCCACUCAGGCCAGCCCGCCAUCCAAAAAGCUGGGAGCUGGCGUCUACCUAGGAUCCUUCUGGGAAAGCGUCAUAUGCUACCACAUCAAUGGGUUAUGCCAUAGCAGAGCAGCCCAUAAAGCUGGGUAUUGGACCCGGCAUCCGGGUCUUCGUAUCAACACCCCUCCUCGUCACCGAGAGGCAACUGCUCCCAGAGCCACAACGGCGGUCAUCGCAUUUGGGGUUUCUGCUGUAAGCGGCGUCAAGAUCGGCUCAGGGGUUGAAAACAUACCCUGCGGGGGCGCUUCGGCGGCUUAAAAUGUGGGGGUGAAUACCUGAAUGGGCAGGGGGGAGGGAUUGCUCAGUCACCUUUUUGGUCCCGUUUGUGUGGCGCAGCGUUGAUGGUGCCGUCCUGGACUCCGUCUGCCGCCGUUGAUCUGAUGCAUGCAAAGUGUCCGAAUUCUGCAGCCGUGGUUCGCUGUCAAAGGGAGAUCCUUAGACAUGUCGGUCGUCUAUUCGUCCUGUCUGGUGCUUUUCCCCCGGCUGUGAUCCUUGAGGAGCUGAAAAGCCGCGAGCUUGCAUGAAGGCAAGGUGGAUCACCCGCGCCUCUGCCUCUACAGAGUAUUAUCGUUCCGCACCUCUGCCAGGGGCCACCCUUUCUCGGAAUCCUCCCUCCAGCAUGCCCACGAAACAUUGCGACUUUUUGCAUGGACAGCACCUCGGUCAAAGAAGCUUUUCUGCACUCGAACUGUCCUGCAUGGCGCACGUCGUCAACACAGGGUCCCGGGUGAGGCGAAUUGUCGACGUGUGCUCGGGAACUUGCCCAUUCCGCCUCAUUCGAACAUCAUGAUCUCGGAGGAACCUGCCGUCUUUGUGUGCUUAAGCCGCCAGUGUGUUUCAUAACUGCUGUCCUUUGCCCGACACAGUUCAAUCCUCUUGCCAAUUUGUCAACGUCGCGGCUGGUGGGCUGAGCAUCUCGUUGCAGAUAGACGCCCAUCCACCUCCCAGCCGAGCAGGCUGUGGGACCCGUGACUUGGGGUGCAUACCCGAGGUCGAUUAUGGGUGCAGAUGCCUUACUUCUUGCCUCAUGAUGUGAUAUCAGACGGCUCGAUUCGGUGUUCACAUUUCCUCUUGUGACAUUGGCAGAAUGCUCAAACCUGACUUGCUCGCAUGACGGUGGACCUCGCCCCCCUAUGGCCCAGUAUCUAGCAUCUUCACUCAACAACAGCCAGAGCGACAUGGCUGGGACGCAAAGCUCGAGUUUUGAAGCCGUUGACCCAAAAGUUGUUGGCCUGUAGAUGCAGCGUGUUGGUCUCGUGUUAUCCGCCCAUGAUCGAACCCCGAAUGUCCGGUCUCCCACCGUCCGAUGGUGGCAGACGGGGUUGGUUGAAACAACAGGAGCUAUUUUCAUCCUCAGGUGUGCCCCAAACAUCGGCCGUCCCAAACAUCAGCGCAAUACACCUUAGCUGUCAACGGGACCAGCAGAGGUGAAGCAGCUGGGUUCCCUGGGUUCCUAUGAUACUCUAUACCGAACAAUGCUACUCCUAGCCAUGGAUCAGGCCGUUCUCCCGGGGGACAUCAUUCGUUUCAUGAUGGACCCGUCAGUCGCGACAGCUCCGGUGGCUUCAAAGCUACGCGCUGCUUGUGGAGGCAUGAAACGUUUGGAUCCCUGCAUGCUGUGCAGAACGCACUCGAUGUCCAAAAGUCGCGCCGUCCACGCGUUCGGUGUCUCGAGAUGAACAAAGGCGAGUCAAGAGAUCAGAUGGAAAACGCAUUGGCAGUGGCUACUGUGCUCCUAUCAAGGCCCAGGCCCAGAGCAGCUUAGGCUUGGGCUGCAUAGCUUGUGUUUGGCAGCGAGAGGGCGCCUGCAAACAUCUGUGCACGCCGUAGAGGGGUAGCAAGGUUGAGCUUGGGCGAUCUCCACCGUCGAAGAACCAGCCGAAUAAACACAUUCGGAUAGACAGACGUCAAGCAGCCAGCCAAGCAGCCCAAGCUGAUUGUCUGAAGUUUAAGGCCCGAGAUUGCCGUCCGGGGUAAGCUGAGAUGGUGAGUGGGGUGGGGGCGGGAUCUGUGCCGCUGUCAAACAAUCAUGAUGAAACGCUAGCACUCCUUUCCUCGCCCAACCGAAAUGAGGAGGCCACAACAGAGCAGCCGCAACAGCCCUUUCCAGACAGCAUCACCGACGUCAGGGCAAGCCCGAGGCUGAGAGAGGAACCUUCCACUCAUCGACGUUGCUGUUCCCUGGUCCCUGGUCCCUGGUCACCCGAGAUCGUCACCCUCAGCCUUGUCGCCCUCAACCCGGGACGGGACCCCUCGAUUGAUACUCGGACCCUCUGCAGCCACCGCAGUGUUGCCCGUGUGCCUGGAGUGUCGACGCAUCCGUGCCUUUCCUCGCAACCCCUGAUUUGUCCAACGACCAGGAUGAGCCAUCGACACUCUCCUCUGCCGCGAUAGAUCCCCCGACCUCGACGCCGACGCCGACGCCGACGCCGACCCUCCGACAACCAAACUCAUGGCUGACUCCGGUGCGGCCGCAGCCAACCCGGCUGCCGAUAAGCCAUCCGGCCCUCCUAAACCGUCCACGUCGCCGCACAAGCACCCCAGCCCGGCAAUACCUCUCGGCCUGCAAGAAGCUGCGCUCGACUCCCCAACCUUCCGAUGUGUCGCCGUCCAUUUUUCAGAGCAGGUCGAGCAGGUUGAGCGCUGGCUCGACGGGUAUAUGAAGUCAUGCUCAAAGGUCGUACACGACAUCCUCGCCCUCGAGGAAACCAUCCAGGGCUUCCUAGGCAAGACAAUGCCGCCCUUGGCAGUUACGACGGACGGGCCUAUCGACCCAGACUACACGAUGCUCGCCUUGAGGAGGAGCAGCGACGGUCAGCGCGAAUGGUGGAGCCAGAUCCUCGCAGUAAUGCGCCGCAUGGACACUCUGACCGUGGAGCCAGUCCGCUCGUUUCUGAUCGGUGAGCUCAAGACGUUCAAGGAGACGAGGAGGACGCUGGAGACCACUCAAAAGGUUUUUGAUACCACCCUGGCGCGCUACGUCGCGCAGAGCAAGACAAAGGAGCCUUCGUCGUUGCGUGAGGAUGCCUUCGCGGUCUACGAGACCCGCAAGGCCUACCUCAAGGCAUCCAUGGACUUCUGCCAGCUUGCACCGCAGAUCCGUUUCUCCCUCGACAAGUUGCUUGUCCGCAUUUCUGUCGACAUGUGGCGGGAGAUGAAGAGAUGGCGUGAUAGCUCAUACGCCUCCAACAAGUACGCCCAGGAGAUGGACCGUGUCCGUGGGUGGUCCAAGGAGAUGGAGGCAAGCGAGGCCCUGUUCAAGCGCGAGCUGCAGGCCGCGAGGAGGGACGUCGGCGAGAACGCGGUGGCCUCUUUCAAGCCGUCUCGCGAGCUGGAGGACUAUAACAUAUCAACCGUCGCCUUCCUCGGCUCGAGGGGCCCCGUGAAUGUCCAGGUCAAGGAGGGCGGUGCUGUGGUUUCCGAAAAGCAAGGGUGGCUUUUCCUCCGCACCAUCACUGGAAAGCCUGCCAGGACAAACUGGGUGAGGCGAUGGUACUAUUGUCGGAAUGGCAUCUUCGGGUGGCUGGUGCAAGGGCCGCAGGGUGUUCUGCAAGGCGAUGAGAUCGGCGUGCUCUUGUGCGGCGCCCGUCCUGUGGUCUCGGAGGAACGGCGCUUCUGCUUUGAGGUGAAGACCAAGUCUCAAAACAUCAUGCUACAGGCCGAGACCCAGGCGGAGCUGGAGCAGUGGAUCGAGGUCUUUGAGAUUGCCAAGAAGCAGGCUUUCGAUGCGAGUGCCGCUAGAGACGCGAGUACACUGCCGGGAGGGAUCGAUCCCGCCUUCGCCAUCACACCACCUACUAUCCCCGAGUUCUCGGCCAAGUCUUUAGAGGGCUUUGAGGACGGUACGGAGAGAUCCAACACGCUGCCAGUGCCCGGCAGCGACGCUGCAGCAACGCGCUCUUCGUUCGAAGUGGGCGCAGCCCCGCGCCGUUCCGUCACAGGAUUGGCACGAGAUAUCGCAAGAGAUCUUCCACGGGAGGAAGGAGAAAGUGGCAGGGAACAUGCUGCACGCAUCAUGCAGAGGUUGGAGCUGCAUCGCAAGUUGCCCCUUGGGCGUGCCGAGUCAUCAGGUAUCGCAGGCUUAAUUUCUGCUAGUUCCAACCUCUUGCCCGGGUAUGCUGCCUACAACCAAUCUGUAACCAACCUGGGUCGUUCUCUGCCAGCCUUACAGCCCAUCAGCGAGCUGAAUGGCAGCAGCCUCGCGCCUCCCACGCUGGCGAAAGCCCCUACGGCGACAUAUCUCAGCAAGACAGCCUUGUCGGUGAGCGCCGAACGGUCCAUGACCUCGGAAAGCAACAUCAGCCUGACCUUACCAACUGCUGUCGUUGCCAACUACUGGGGCAGUAUCCCCUGGAGCACGUUGUACCCGCCCAGGGAGGAUGACACGACGCAUCUUCGAUUGGACGACGAUCCUCUGCUCUCGGCGAACGCGCAGACACUCCCUGCCAGUGAGGUCACAUCCAACCAGGGCAGCCACGCGCCAUCGACACUCCAUCGGAAGACUAUGAGCGCCGGAGGUAAUGCUUCCGAUUUUAGAAUUCUCGAGAAGCCCACCGGCGAGACGUUCCCUGCGAAGUACCCGAUUGAGCUCAAGGCACAUCAUCCACAGUUCAGACUCUUGUUUCCCAAUGUGCCUCUCGAUGAGAAACUGGUGAUGGUGUUCAACGCUGCCUGGACAAGCACUUCGGUCGAGGGUUCUGGCAGCAACACUGGUAUCAUGGGCAAUGGCCGCAUCUACGUCACGUCUGACAACAUGUACUUCUAUGGACACCAGAUGGGUCUGGUGGUCGCCUACACCCUCAGCUUGGACAUCAUCUCGGAGGUGACAGCGGCUCCAGGCAAGGAUUGCGACUUCUUGUUCCUGCAUCUCAGCCACAAGAUGAGCACCGACGGGUUGACCCGCAUCACCAUCAAGACGUUCCUGAUGGACCUGGGACUGCUUCACUCCCGACUGAAUCUCCUCAUUGAUGAUCUCCAGGCCGAGGAACCAAUGGAGGUUCCCGAAGUCAUUGCUGCGCUGCUCAACCUGGAGAGCGAUGAGUACGAGCAGAAGAGUCCUAGCGCAGAAAGUUGGGAAGAGGUUUCCCCCAACACCCCGAUCGAUGAUGGCACUGCCUCAGGCCGACCUGUCUUCAAGGGUGGCUACGGCGCCAGAGAUAGAUCAUCAAGGCAGGUGCGGAAACCGGUACCCAAGUUCCAGCUUCCAGUGCAUCCUGUCGUGUACGAGCCUGAGGGUAUGGGCGAGGCGGUCGAAGAGCGCCACUUUGAGAUCAGCGCAAAGGCAUGCUUUCACGUCCUGUUCGGCGACAAGUCGUUCAUCUUCCCCAAGCUCUACUUCGAGCGGCGCGCCAAGGAGAUCGCCCAAGGCCCGUGGCAGCUCAUUGAUCACGGCAAAAUGAAGCGAGAUUUCAAAUUCAAGGUAGACUCGGUCGGUUUCAUGGGGCGGGCCAAGCACGGCGAGGACGUGUCCGACUUCCAGCUCAUCGACGUGUUCAGCGACCACAUCACUUACCUGGUCACCCACGUCAAGACACCCUGGCAUCUGCCUCAUUCACACGCGUUCAAGCUGAUCACCAAAACCGUGAUCACACACGUGGCCAAGUCAAAGUGCAAACUUGCGUUGUACACCAAGGUGGAGUGGUCUAAAACGCCACCUCUGUCGAAGGCUCUCGUGCAACGACAGGCCCUCGAGGAUGCACGGCGCGAUGCGGAGGAGCUAGCGGAAGUUGCGACGGACCAGGUGCGCAAGCUGGGCCCGCACAGCCGCACAAAGAGGGCGAUCCAGGUGUACGGCAACAUCGGGGGUCAGCAGCAGGUGGUAGUGUUCACCCCUGGGGACGCAUCGCAGACAAGCGAGACUGGGCUCAAGAAGGGCUCACAGAUGAUCCAGCCACGGACGCUGACGGAGAUGGUGUUCGAGACCGUGAGGAGCUUCAUGGAAAGCGUUGCAACGAGCCUGCUCAUGUGGACUUUUGCGGGCUUGCGAAAGAUCUUCAGCGUCGUGACCGCACACCGGGUGAUACUGGUCGUGCUGGCUUUUAGCGUCCUCACGAACCUUGUCUUCACGGGACGUGAGGGCUCGACGUGGUGGACGGAGAGACGCGCGGCAAAGUUCAUGGGACGGAUGGGCGUGGGCCCCAAUGUCAUGAUGAGCAAGGCAGUCUACAUUGCGGACCUGGACGAGGCGGCGCUGUCUUCGGCGGCCGCGGGUCCUGAUGGAGACAGCGAAUGUUACAACACGUUCCGCCAGAUUCUGAACACGACGUCGCUCGACUCGACACAUGAAGAGGCGGGUGCAGUCCUCAGCUCGAGCACCAGCAGAGCCACGGCUCGGCAACUGCGUCGCACCCGCCAGCGACUCGGGUCGUACCGACACGACCUGCUUGUCGCGAUGCGGGUUGUGAACAAAAUCGAGAAGGAGAUGAUCCAGAGCGAGUGGGAGAACUGGCUCGCCGACGAGAACCUGCGGUGUGAGCAGAUCAAGAUGAUGCUGUCUGAGAAGGCGAGCAGCAGCAGCAGCGGGAAAGCGACACCCAGCGCUGCAAGCGUCGGCGUCGACGUCGACGGACAGAAAAUCAUGCGGCCCAUUGACGAGAAGAGGGUCGAGGCACUGACGCAGUGGCACGCCGAAUACUGCGGGAGCUGCAAGCUGGAGAAGGACAUGGCACUGGCGAAGAGGAUGAAGAUGGUAGACGUGUAGAAGGCGGCGUUCUUGUGUUCGCUUUUAAUUCGGACGGUUUAAUGGUAGAUGGACCGGGGAGAUGCGUGCACCCAUACACGUACGUGUACUAAUGUAGAUGGGAAUUCUUAUGGGAAGGGGCCAGCGGGAGAGUUGGGUAAACUUGGACCUGUAUUGCAUUGCGUUGGUCUUGAAUGGUUUUGUUCUUUUCUCUUUUUUUUUUCCCUCCUUUUUUUACCCUUUUUUUCUUCUUCUUUUUUUUUCGCGUUCGCUCCUUUUUGCCAGCAUGUUUCUCUCUGCAUGCGACAGCUUCCACACACAGAUACCCGUGCGGUCUAGAUAGUCUUCAUUGAUCACGGUUUUUGUCUCUUGAAGCCCGGCCCCACCCUUUCCACAUCGUGCACGUGUGACCGGUCUCUCGGGAAUGAAUGAGAAGCUAGAAUGAA